UUUGUGACCUUUUCUUUUAAAAUGAUUCAUGUAGCGUAUUACUGAAAGAAUGAAUGUCUGUUGGGAAUGAGUUUCUUGAUAAUAGAUUAAAAAUGCAUACAGACUGUUUGGUCACACCAUGAUCAGGCUUCUGUGCUGUGAAUUAGAUGCUUUUUACAUUGGUUUGGGACCUUGGGUCAAACAUCAAUACCUAUUGGCUUGUACUAACUCGAAUUUGGGUUCAUUUGAAUUUUUCUUGAUCAUACCAACCAGCAAAUAACCGUCAGCUUACAACCCAACUAUUACAAUUUCUGAGCAAAUGAAGUGUGCCAGGGAACAUAACAGUUCAGUUUGAAUCCAUCCAUUAUCCAAAAGGUGUUAGGCAUGCUGCAACUGUCUAAAUGCCUUUUUAUGCAGAUGGAUUCAAAAUCUUAAACUAUUUAACAUGGAUGGAUAAUUUACGAUACCUCGGACCAGGUUAUGAACCUAGCAGCUGAAUGUCUUCAAGACAAUCAGGAAAUAAAAACAGUUGCAAAGAAACGCAAAGCUGAGGACUUUUUCGUCAGUGUGGACAAUUCAAAGAGCUCACGUUUGAUGUUAGAUAUGUACACACAAACUGAUAACAGUCCUGACAUCUGUCUGAAGCAGAUUUAUGAGUUGGUCAAAACCAAUUCGGAGAACAUUCAAAGGAUCGAAGAUAUGGUGACAAAACUCUGUAAUAUAAUUGGUGAAUUUUCUGAUGGUGGUUCAGGUCAGGUUGUUGGCACCCCGGAAAAGAAAACCAGGUAUUUAAGUCCAGUUGACACUCGGCCACAGUUAGCUUCGACCCAAUAUCAAGGAGUAUCGAACACUAGCCUUGCCGCGACUGAUUAUGUCACACAAGUUCCUCAGCAGAGCAUCGUUGGGAAUUGGGAGGGAUCACAAUUGAGAUCUGAGGAUAUAACAAUGAAUCCUGCAAUGCCUCAGGCGGAGAACGGACUGACCGAUGUGAUUACGACUCCAGUUAAAACACCUCCUAAAGUGAACUGGAACGGUGAUAGUCCAGGAAAUCAGUUGUCUGGAACUGGAUGUUGGCUGGGCGAUCCAAAUAACGCCAACAGUCGAGCCUGGUUUAGCGGCGAUCCAAAGAUCAUUACGAAAUGCGAGAAUUAUGGCUUGAACCCUGUGAAAUUAGCGCUUGCAUUGACCGAGGCUUUGUUCACCCGCGAGGAAAUGGCUGCUUCGAAUGUUCGAGGAACGCGAGGGAAGGAAUCCUUGGAUUCAAGCAAGAUCAAGGCGGUCAAAGCACACGUCGACUAUAAGUUUCCACUCGAGGAAGACCGGAUGGAGUUACGUUGGCAAUUGAUCAAGCCAAAAAUCGAUUCGAAGUGCCGGUCGCAGAGAAGACUGCAGCGCGAACACAAAUGGAAAAUGGAGAAACUAAUGACUGCAAAACCAGAGGUCGUCCCGUCUGGCACGCCCAGAUCGAAACGGUUAGUAAUCGGUGACCAGGAACGGGAAAUGCUACUCUACGGGGUCACCAAAACGGUGGUCAGCGUUUAUGCUGAGAACAAUGCAGAUACAACGCCUUUUACUGAGACACAGGAGGGGUAUUUGCCCGUUAAUACGAAUCAAUAAAUAUGUUAACUUCGACCAUGUAUAGUACAGCAUUUUCAUGGUGUCUCCUACACAUGGGGGGCCCAGGGGGGGUCUGGUGUAUGUAGUAUUGUGGAAUAAGGUAUCGUGUUUUGUGUCUAAACUAUCUGGAAAAGAUAUCUCAAACGUAGGCAAAGUUCUACAGCAAAGCCUAUUUAUUGAGACUUAUGUGGAC